UGUCAAGUGCCACAGUGCUGGGUGUAUUUGGAGAUGUGUAGCUGAAUCCUGACGGAUCCUUCUCAUACCAUCUUGUGCUGCUUUGUUUUAUUUGUUCAGCAGCACCAGAAGCAGCAACGUGAGUCUCUUGCACUCAGCUGCCCGGGAUCAGUGGAGGUGCUCCGGGCAGCAGCUCAUGAUGUGUCUAGAGAGUGACGGAACUGGCACGGGGGGUAGUAGUCAGGACUGUAUACCAGGAGCUGAGGAUGGUGAGGUGCAGACACUCUCUGGAAGGAUGAACCCGGUCACCACCUCCCUGGAUGGGAAAAGUCCAGAGAUGGAGAUUCCUGCAAGCUUAGCUGAUGUGCCCAAGAAGAACCCCAACCUUAGGAGAGCCAGGGUGGCAGCAGCUGGCAUUCUGAGUGUGGGAAACGUGCUCAAUUACCUGGACAGGUACACAGUAGCAGGGGUUUUACGGGACAUCCAGCAACACUUUGGAGUUAAAGACAGUGGAGCUGGACUGCUGCAGACUGUUUUCAUCUGUAGCUUCAUGGUGGCUGCACCGAUAUUUGGCUAUUUAGGAGAUAGAUUCAACAGAAAAGUGAUCCUGAGCUGUGGUAUAUUUUUCUGGUCUGCUAUCACUUUUUCAAGUUCAUUCAUUUCAAAACAGUACUUCUGGCUCCUUGUACUCUCGCGAGGUCUAGUAGGUAUUGGCGAAGCAAGUUAUUCUACCAUCGCUCCCACCAUUAUUGGGGACCUGUUUACCAAGAACACCCGCACGCUUAUGCUAUCAGUCUUCUACUUUGCUAUCCCUCUUGGAAGCGGUUUAGGAUACAUUACUGGCUCAAGUGUUAAGCAAGUGGCAGGGGACUGGCGCUGGGCACUGCGGGUUUCUCCAGUGCUGGGCAUAAUAACAGGGACUCUGAUAUUGAUAUUUGUGCCAAAAGCAAAAAGAGGACAUGUGGAUCAGCUUAAGGCUAGGACGUCCUGGGUCCGAGACAUGAGAGCUUUAAUGAAAAACCGCAGUUAUGUUUUUUCUUCACUGGCAACGUCUACAGUUUCUUUUGCCACUGGGGCUUUAGGAAUGUGGAUACCCCUCUAUCUGUAUAGAGCGCAAGUAGUGCAGAAGACAGUAGAACCUUGCAACUUUGGACCAUGCAGCAGCAAGGACAGUUUAAUAUUUGGAGCAAUCACGUGCAUCACAGGAUUUCUUGGUGUGAUAGCAGGGGCCGGAGCAACUAAAUGGUGCCGGCUAAAAACGGAGAGAGCCGACCCUCUUGUCUGUGCUGUAGGGAUGCUGGGCUCUGCAAUCUUCAUCUGUCUGGUCUUUGUUGCUGCUAAGAGCAGCAGCAUAGCUGCUUAUAUUUGUAUAUUCGCUGGAGAGACUCUCCUGUUCUCCAACUGGGCAAUAACGGCUGAUAUGUUAAUGUAUGUGGUCAUACCAACACGUAGAGCAACUGCAGUCGCUUUGCAAAGCUUUACUUCACAUCUUCUUGGAGAUGCUGGUAGCCCAUACUUGAUUGGAUUUAUUUCUGACCUCAUCCAGCAAAGCACCACUGAGUCUCCUCUCUGGGAAUUCCUGAGCCUUGGUUAUGCACUCAUGCUCUGCCCUUUUGUUGUAGUUCUGGGAGGGAUGUUUUUCUUGGCCACAGCACUUUUUUUCUUAGAGGACCGUGAAAAAGCUGACCAGCAAGAGCCCUGCUCAGAUCUCUUCACUGUUGGCAGCUGUAGUGACUCAGAAGAAGCUUCCAUCUUGUAGCUUUUAGGGUGAGUCAACUCAUGAUGCCACCAGCUUCUGUGAAAGUCUGAUAAGGUCAGUACAAGGGAUAUAACAAAGGUUUUGGAGUCAUCUCUCAAAACAAUCCUACAAGAAGACAAUCUGAGAAGAUUCACAAAUUUAUGGUAUUCUGGAUGAGUGGCUGACAGUUUCAGAAUGCCUGAGAUAUCCAGCCAAUCAAAACUGCCCUAAAAUUCCUUUGCAUAAUGCGGACAUGCAUAUUUUAGCAAGUAAUGAAGGAUUUGAACUAUGCAAAGUGACUCCGGAUAUGUGAAGUGCUUGCUGCCAGCGGCAAAUGAUAUGUUUCAUGAUGUAAAGUGACCUACUGAAAUUGCACCAUUCCACAAAAGCUGUUGGCCAGUUGUGGUCGCUGGACAAAACUGAAGAAUGGCCGUUAAUUUAAAUGAAAAUCUCACCGUUAAUCCCUUCCUUUUUGGAGAAAAGGUAUGGGACACAAACACUGAAGGGUUAAAUCUUUUAAUUAUUUUUUUUGAAGGAUUCUUUGUUUCAGAUGAAGCUUCUAUAUGUAUAAUAGAUGUAUAUACAUUUGUAAGAGAGAAAAAAACGUGUAUAUAGUUAUAUAGAGAUAUAUAUGUAUAUAUUUUACACAAAUCUGCUCUAUUUAAUACUUGGUCAUCCAAAAUCAUCAGCGUUUCUACAGAUAAUGGGUAUUUAUUGAAUUAAGUUUCCAGUGACACCGUGAAGAGAUUAAAGGGAUAGUGUACUGAAAAAAUAUUUUUCCCUUAAUGUGAUUCCAGUGACUUGUUAUACUAGCUGCAAAGUAUGAGAAAUGGCUUCUUUAUGUUUAUUUUGUAUUUGAAAUAACUGGGGGUGGUUUCUUUGAAACUAAAAACCGUUAAAAUGGGUUGAGCAGGAAGGGAGAUCAGAUUUCCUUAUUUAAUCCCUUUCUGUACACAAACUUACUUCUCUAUAUUAGCUCUGUUUGUAUACCAAAGCCCAAUACUUAGAGAGAACAAAUGAAAAUUAACAUUUUAUUGCUUAUCUCUUUCCUCUCACAGGGUGUGUAAUUUCUUCUGGCUAUGUUUUACACAGCUUUUAUAGAGCCAAUACUUAAGUAUAGAAACUUUCAUUGUAGGUAUAGAUACCACAGGCAAGCUAUUUCAAAUGUCAAUAUAAAAGUAAAUGUGUUAUUUGUAAACAAUUGAAUAUACUCCAGCAGGUAAAAUGGAUCAUUGGGAACAAGGGGUGAAAAAUUUAAGGUUAACUGUCCUUUUAAGAAAUGGCUAGUCUUUCCAUGUUAUUGGUGUACAUAGCUACUAAAAUGUACUGUAUAUCUUCUGGUUGUUAAAUAUGAGUAUGAAGGAACACAAACACCAUUUGACCUCAUGUUUGCUUUACACAGUGGUAUUUAAAACAACUUUAUUAGCAGUAUUGAAUAUUAAACCUGCCUCAACAGUUUAUUUAAAGGGACAUAGUACUCAAAGUGGUCUGUGAUGCAUCUGACCCAUCUGCUUUUACACAUCAAUUUUUUUUGACUGAAAACAUGUUAUGUAAAAGUUGUUCAAAGUGAUACUAAUACUGACUUAAAUGCGCACAGAACUCUUCAUAAACAUAAAAAACCCAGCAAUUGCUGUUUGCUUCUAAUGACUUUCAGAUUCUGUUAUAUUUGCUUGAAUAAUUUAUAAUACAAUCAUAAAACUA